AUGGAAUCAAGCGACUCCGGCAAGUGGAAAGAAGCGUGUGACUCGGAGUUCGAUUCGCUUCAGAGAAACGACACGUGGGAAAUCGUGCCUCUUCCGAAAGGUCGCAAGGCCAUCGGGUGCCGAUGGGUUUUUCGUGUAAAGGAGAAUCAAGAUGGCGAAGUUGAACGUUUCAAGGCAAGACUUGUGGCCAAAGGAUUCUCACAGAAAUUCGGAGUUGACUAUGAAGAAACUUUCGCACCGGUGGCCAAGUUCACAUCGAUUCGUGUGGUGCUCAGUAUGGCGGCCAAGUACGGCCUAAUGCUACAUCAGAUGGACGUCAAGACAGCGUUUCUUAACGGCUCCCUCAACGAAGACAUCUACAUGGACCAGCCGGACGGAUACCUGGAUGCAACACAGCCGGACUAUGUGUGCAAGCUAAAGAGAUCACUCUACGGCUUGAAGCAAUCGCCUCGCAUGUGGAACCAAACAAUCGAUGGGUUCAUGAUCAAGAUGGGAUUCAAGAACAGCAACAACGAACUCCUCAAGUCAACCAAGAUGGCGCUGAGCAAACGCUUCGAAAUGACGGAUCUCGGUGAGCUCGAUUACUUUCUCGGCAUGGAGAUCAAGAACGACCGUAAGACGGGAAUGGUGACUGUACAACAAACCAAGUUUCUCAAGUCCGUGUUAACCAAGUUCGGAAUGGAUAACAGCAAGCCAGUGAAGACGCCUCAAGAUCCCGGCCUGAAGCUAACCAAGAACAUGUGUGAACAAGAAUGCAAGCACGAAGACACCAUGUGCAACGUGCCAUAUCGAAGUGCUGUCGGAGGCAUCAUGUAUCUCAUGGUCGCCACACGUCCGGAUCUAGCUGCUGCAGUGGGAUCAUUAUCCCAGUUCUCGUCCGACCCAUGCCCGACUCACUGGCAAGCUUUGAAGCGUGUGCUGAGAUACCUGCAAGCAACGCCCAAUCAUGGUCUUGAGUUUACACGUGAAGAAGGAAGCCAUAUCUGCGGGUACACCGACGCAGACUGGGCCGGCGACAUUGAGUCAAGACGAAGUACAAGCGGCUAUGUGUUCAUGAUGAGCGGAGGAUGCAUCAGCUGGAAAAGCCAGAAACAACGGACGGUCGCGCUAUCUUCAACAGAAGCAGAAUACAUGGCGCUUUCCGAAGCAACCAAAGAAGCAGUAUGGCUCAAAGUGCUUUUGGGGGAACUUGGUGAGAUGACAAGCGACGAAGCGAUCAAGAUGUAUGAAGACAACCAAGGAUCAAUCGCUCUCGCCAAGAACCCGGAGUUCCAUAAGAGAACAAAACACAUCGACAUACGCUACCAUUUUGUGCGUGAGAAGGUGGAAUCAGGUGAAGUCGUUUUGGAGUAUUGCCCGACUCAAGAUAUGCUGGCAGACAUGAUGACCAAGCCGAUCGCCGCUGUACAAUUUGAAAACAUUCGCGAUCGACUUGGGAUCCAAGGUGCCGCAGCUAACGAGUCGAGAGGGAGUGUUGAAAAGACAGCGGCUGUGAAGAAGACACCUCGUCAAGCUGCGUCAAGUGUUGAAGCAAGUGGAAGACCAAGCUUCGCUAUACCGGUGGGUACCGGUAUGUACCAGUAA